AUGAUUUGGCUUCCCGCCGUGACUAUCUUGAAUUCUAAUGAUGACAGAAAUGCUAUAGUUAAAAGCAUAUCUGGUGCUCAGAUCCUUCCUGAUGGAACAGUGAAUUGGUGUCCGGAUGUAUCAAUGGCAACAUCAUGUCCAAUCUCAGUUCGAAAAUAUCCAUUCGACAAACAGGAAUGCGACAUAAGUCUUAUAUCAUGGCUCAGAGGACCUACCGAACAAAUAUUUAGUUCGGUAAGGGAUGAUAUAGCCGUGGUUUCUAAAGAGCUGAACACAGAAUGGGAAUUUCUUGGGUCAUCGACAUCAGUGAGCACGAUUCCACCGUCGUAUAACUCUCGUGUGUCAUUCAAUAUAGAGAUAAAAAGGCGGCCAUUUUAUCAGAUCGUUCACACGCUUAUACCACUUGUACUUUUGUCAUACAUGAACUGUUUUAUAUUCGUGAUUCCUAUCAAUUCAGGAGAGAACACUUCAUUCGGGGUAGCAAUAUUCCUAGCCUUUGCUGUAUUCAUUGGACCCGUAAAGGAAUCACUUCCUGUGACCUCAACUGAAACAUGUCUUCUGACAGUUUAUCUGAUAGUGCAAUUCUGCAUAGGAGGGCUGGAGCUAUGUGUGUCAAAUAUCACUCUACGUCUUGCUGCAAGAACAAAGCAUGUUAGUGAAAAAAGUUGGUGGAUGAAGCUUGAAAAAAUCCUUUUCCUCACACAGAAACAGAAUAGAAAAAUUUACCCUGAUCCGGUCAUCAUCGUAGAGGAAUUAUCUAAAGGAGAUAAUGAAGGUGAUAUAGCCAAAAAUAUCAAGACUGAUGAACGACCUUGUGAAAACGUAGAUUUUGAUUGGAUGGCCUUAGGAUCUAAGUUAAACAUGAUCUGUUUUUUAUUUUUCAUUGUUAUAAAAUCAUUGAUUCUUAUUACAUAUCUCACAGAGACUUUUUAA